UUGCAAACGCGUUAACUUGACAAACUUGCUUUCAGAGAAGGUGAAAAUGCUGUUGAUGAGAAAGGCGCUAUAAAACAUGGAAAACCUUUCUGACGAACAAAUUGCAGAAUACAAGGAUGCCUUUUCUUUGUUCGACCGUGAUGGCAACGGCAUUAUCACCACCAGGGAACUGGGCGCCAUAAUGCGAUCUCUGGGGUUUAACCCAACUGAAGAAGAAUUACAAGCAAUGAUAAAUGCGGUGGAUUAUGACGGAAACGGCGUCAUAGACUUUCCAGAGUUUGUCAAACUUAUGGAGAUUCAGAAAAAACCAGACGAACGAGAGGCAGACAUGAUGUUAGCAUUCCGAAUUUUUGACGCCGACAAUAAGGGGUACAUCGAGUCAGCGGAGUUACGCUACAUACUACUAAAUAUGGACAAACGAAUUCCGCAGGAAGAGAUUAAAGAGCUGAUGGAGAUUGCUGAUUUAGAACGAGAUAGAAAAAUAAGUUAUCAAGAAUUCCUCGAUUUAGUCGAAAGUCACAGAGGACUGUUUUCUUAAAAUUACGUGACCUUACAUAGUGAACAACAAAAGACAAAGAAGUAUUUACCUGCUUGAAGAAAGCUUAACAUACCACCAAGAUUUGAUAACUAGCCUGAAAUGCUGGCGGUUAUUACAUGCGCUUUACCGUUUUAUGUUAGCUAAGGAAUAAGCAGUGAAGUCACUACAACCAACAUCCGUCCCAAGUCUCUCGCGGCUUCACGCUCAAAGCCUUUGCGCACACAAAACCUCAAGUUUCUCCUCUACUACGUGAAGUUACACUGUGUAAUGCUUGAGACAGUUUUCGAUGUGAACUGGCUAGAUCUUUUUUCAUCUAUAUCUUUACACCCUGAUAUUAGUAUACACAUUCUCCGCACUGAUUUCACUUCAUUUUAUUGUGGUACUUACAAUGAGAAUUUGUAUGACGGUCA